GAUGACCAAGUUAUUUCCAAACAUUGUGCAGUAUGGUGGCAAGUGUUUGUGUAGUAGUAGAUAUCAGAAGGCUGUGAAGUUUCGUUUAGGUUCCUUUAUAUUCCAAACGAGAAGCAAAAAGGCAGUGAGCAAGAACUUGCAGAUGUUGAAUCCCCCUUUGAAACAAAGUGAGAACCAUCGUUUUCCUUGUUUUCAGCCAUCCAAGAAAGGUUUCUUACUUGUUUUGUUGCUAACCAGUGCAGUAUUCUUCUUUGUCUAUGAGUUGUUAUCAAAGAGACUUCGUACUACUCGGUUAUUCCAUUCUUUGUUAUUGGCUUGUUUUGCUUUUGGAGUAUUUUGGCUAUUCGCUGCAAAUAUAUCUUAUUGUCAAUCAUUACAAUCACCCGAAUUAUUAGUAGACUCCGCAAGUCAUUUGAUUCAAGUGAAGGACACAGUUAUUCAUUUCAAGCAAUAUAUUCCUAUCAACAAAGACGUGACUUGGGGAUUAGUUCUUCUUCAUGGAUUCGGUUCUUGGUUAUAUACUUAUCAUGCCUUAUGGGGUGCUUAUGGGAAGCAGUUGGAUUGUGCUCUAAUUGGGUUUGAUCGUCCUGCAUUUGGUUUCUCAUCGAGACCGAGAAAUAUGGAAUACUAUUCUCAGCAUUUUGCUGUUUAUCUCGUUCAUUUUUUUAUGGAUAGAUUAUCUCAGUUGGGUAUAUCGAAUCACGUCAUUGUUGGACACAGCAUGGGGGGUCUUACAGCAGCAUUGGCAUCUUUGAAAUAUCCACAGCGUGUGAAAGCAUUGAUUCUAAUUGCAGCAGCUAUUCCGAUCAAUCCUCCAUCAUCGAAAAGCAAUGAUAGUGGGUCAGUUGAGUCAUCGACUGGACGGAUGGAUUCCGUACAUGUUGUUGUAUGGAAGAGUCUUCAUUGGGUAGGGUUGUUGGUUGUAACCUUGAUUCGAAUCUUUCGAAAUGGGUUGAUAAGGAUAUUUGUUCGGUUAGCAGCUUUGGUGAUUCAACCGGUGAUGUAUUUUUCACUUUCUUUAUUGGUAUCUCAAGAAAUGUUUUGGAAAAGAGGUCUUGCAAUGGCUUGGUAUUCGAUAGAAAAGUUGACGGACAAAGUCAUCGAACAGUAUCGUCUUCCAACCCUAGUCAAAGAUUGGCAACGAGGUUUUAUCAAAUUUGUAUUUGCCAAUAGAAACAAAACGCCUUUUUACAGUUCAUCAUCUUUGGAAGAACAAGAUAUCGUUGAUCAGUUGUCAAAAAGUAAUAUUCCCAUACUCCUUAUUCAUGGAAAGGAAGAUCGUAUUAUACCUUUGGAGCGUUCUUUACAGUUGGCAGCUAAUAUUCCUCAAGCAAGACUUGUCACUAUUCCACAUUGUGGACAUGUUCCCCAAGAAGAACAACCAGAACGUGUAUAUAAUGUGAUAAGGCAGUUUUUAUAUUCCAUUGAAAAUGAGAGGAUAGUUGUGAGUGAUAUUUUGGAAUGAGUUUUAUUCGUAACGUAUUGAACUUA